UUAUUAGCCUUGGUACAUAUACAUAGCUUCAAAUUUCUAGCAAAACAAUAUGGCUCAGCAGCAACCCCCACCUCGCCCGUGGUUCCGGCUUGCUUCCAUGUCCCGGCCGGUAGCCCCAACUCCAACGCCGGCACCGGCCCCCGCCCCAACCCCCGCCCAGCCCCUGUCUCUGCACCGGUUGCCCCCCAGCCAAGGCUGCCGUUUAUCCGACCGGCAUCUGCCCAACCAUUUGUUGCCCCGACCACUCAGCCAACUCAGCCACCACCAGCACCUCGAGAACCUACCCAAGCCCCGCCGCCAGCACCAUCGGCUACUGCCAUGGUUUCGUCUGUCCCAUCAUCUCCCAUCAGAGCCACCACUCCUGUUUCUUCAUCCGUACCAUCGUCUCCAAAGCCAAGAGUGUCCGCUCCUUCCUCCCCGCAACCCAAACCAGUGUCAACCUCCCCAAAAGCAUCGCCACCACAGGCUUUUGUGGCAGUAGCACCACCACCUCCCACCACCACCACCAUUACUUCGUCUGUCCCAACAUCUCCGAUCAUUAGAACUGCCACUCCUAUUCCUUCCUCUUCACUACGAACUUCUCCGCCACCCAAACCGGUGGCACCCACCCCAGCACUACCACCUUACGCAAUCAACGACGCGGCUACCACCACCACUACCACCACUGUUGUUACUCGUCUCUUUGCACCAAAACCCGGCGUCAAACCUCCACCGCCCACAUCUCCACCCCCUAAAACCAAGCCCCUCACUCCGCCACCAUCUCCGCUAACACUACCAUCAGCCCAAUUGAAGUCUGAUACCGAAACCAUUGAACAAAAAACCAUUCUGGUGCAAGAAACCAUUGAAAAACCCAAGGCGGUGCCGCCCAGAACUUCCACCGGAGACCCCCGAGGUAACGGUGAUUAUCUGAAGAGAGAUGUGAUCAAAGGUAAAGGUGAUUAUCCGAAGAAGCUUUCGGAUUCUGAGGAGUUUGGGAUGAGGAUUAUCACCAUUGCAGGUGAUAAUAAAGGUGCUAUCAUGGAGUUGAACCCAAAGAAAAAUGAAUUUGGAGGAAGCCCACAAAGUUUGAACAAGAAAGGCCAUGCCAAUGCUUGGAAGGACCAAUUGGGAAACGCCAGCAGUGGCGAAGAAGGGAGGCUGAAGAGCAAGGACAAAGCAAUGGCAGCAUCGUCACCACCACUGCCGUUGAAUACUUACAUGAACAGUAAUGUGCAGGGUGUCAACAAUUCCAUUCUCUACAAUUGUUCUUGCACCCACCAUGACCCUGGUGUUCAUCUCUCUCUCUCUAGAAAGGCCAAUGGUAAGAGUAAUGGUAAUGGCAAUGGCAAUGGAAUACAAAUCAAGGAAGGCAAGAAUGGCUAACAUAUUUGGAGAGGGAGAGUGGGGAAUAAAAAUAAAAAAAAGUAGUUAUGAAUACAUAAAUUAAUUACGGAAUUAGAUACAGAAUACAUAUGAAUGGAUAAGAUUUUACAACAUUCGUUAGUGGGGUUCAUAUAUAUAAAAAAAAAAUAUCUUAUCCAUUCAUAUAUAUUAUGUAUUUGAUUCUGUAAUAGAUUUUUGUGUUAAUAAGUUUAUUUUUUAAAAAAGGAAAAAUAAAAAAAAGAGGGUAUCUACUAUUAAGUAUCAACUAUAUAAUGGGGAAUAAUAUGAGAGAUAUAUUGAAAGUGAAGAUACAGAAAGAGGCUUGGAUUCUAAUUCUUCCAUUGUUGGAUUUGCACUAUCAUGGUAUUCUUUUGUCUCGAGAUAUAAUUCUUGAGAAUGUUUUGAGAUACUAGGGUCAGUGAUUGAGACAGAGAAUCCGAAUUCGUGUAAUGGAAGGUGACUCAAGAGGGUGCAUGGCCUGCUUUUGUGUAGUAUGAGUGAAAAUAUUAUGCUAGUGAAGAAGCAAAUAAUAAAAUGGUGUAGUUUACCCAUGUAACAAAGUGUCGUAAUGUCUUUGAUCUCAUUUUGUUGUACUCUUUUCGAUUUAUUAAUAAAUCUUCUUCUUUGCAAAAUUUCUUAA